AUACUAUAACAUUAGGUUAGCAAUGCCUGAGAUAUCGUAUUAUAUAGACACAUGUAUUGUGCACUUGCUAACUAUUUUUGUCUUAUCUUUUUAUCAUCACGUGAAUUAAGAAACAAACCAUACCCCCUGCUGGGAAGGUAAAGCCAAAGAGCAAGUAUUAGUUUGAGGUUGAAGCAAGAAAUUACAGUCACAUGGAUGCAACCAUUGCUUUAAUGCUCAUAGAAGCUGUAUUGAUUUUGCUGGCUAUACUAAUUUAUAAAGCUGUCAGAUUAAUCUCUCCACUUCAUACUAUCCGUCCUAUUUCUAUUCAUGAGAGUUCUAAAGAUGAUGUUGAUUCGAUUCCCAUGGUUUGCUCUCCUUCUAAUAUCAUUGUUGCUCCUCCUACAACCAAUUAUGACGUCUUUCUUAGCUUUAGAGGGAAAGACACUCAUGACAGUUUCUCAAGUUAUCUCUAUGAAGCACUUUGCGAUGCAAACCUUCAAACUUUUAUGGGUCACAAGCUCCACAAAGGAGACCAUAUCUCACCCGUUCUUUUGAAAACAAUAGAGGAAUCAGAGAUAUCUUUGAUUAUUUUCUCCAAAGAUUAUGCAUCUUCAACAUGUUGUAUGGACGAGCUUGUUCAUAUUAUGAGCUGUAGGGAUAAAUACCAAAGAGUUGUCAUCCCUAUUUUCUAUGACAUAGAUCCAUCAAAUGUUCGCAAACAAAAUGGAAGUUUUGGAGAUGGAUUUGCUAAGAUUAAGCAGAGAUUUAGCCACAACCAAGAAAAAGUGCAAAAUUGGACAAAUGCUUUGAUCCAAUCAACAAAUCUCUCUGGGUGGGAUUCAAAGAAUAUCAGGCCUGAAUCCAAACUUAUUAAGAAGAUUGUCAAAGAUAUUUUGAGCAAAUUGAAUGGCAAGUCGUCCUUUCAUUUUGAAGGAUUAGUUGGGAUUGAUCAUCAUAUUCAGAAGAUUGAAGAGCUAUUGGGUAAAGCUCGCAUUGUGGGAAUAUGGGGUAUGGGUGGUAUAGGUAAGAGUACUCUUGCUAGAGUUGUAUUCCACGAGUUGAAAGCACAGUUUGAAGCUUUCUCCUUUGUGGAAGAUGUAAGGGAACAACUAGCAAUAAUUGGGUUUGACAGGUUACAAAAAGAAUGUCUCAAAGAAUUAAUAAAAGAUAAGGACAUUAAUGUCUUUGAUAUAGAAUCCUCUUUUGUGAGAAGUAGGCUUCAACGCAGAAAAGUUCUUCUGAUACUUGAUGAUGUGGACAAUUCACUACCGGUUGAAGAUUUAACUGAAAUGUAUCGUUGGUUUGGAGAAGGAAGUUGAAUUAUUAUCACAUCAAGGGACAUGCAAGUACUUCAUAAUGCUUUUGCAUUUUCAACAUACUCUAUUUCAAGAUUAAAUUUACAUGAUGCCUUUCAUCUCUUUAGUUUGAAAGCAUUCAAGCAAAAUGAGCCACCUAAAAGUUAUAUGGAAUUAUCAGAAUCAGUAGUGGAUUAUUGUCAAGGAAAUCCAUUGGCCCUUGUAAUGUUGGGUUCUUUUCUUCAAGGUAGAGGAAAAGAGGAGUGGGAAAGUUUUUUGGAAAAAACAAAAGAAGCACCACCCAAGUACAUUAUUGAUGUUCUGAAAUUGAGUUUUGAUAGACUUGAUGAGCGCCAAAAGAAUAUGUUUCUUGACAUAGCAUUUUUCAUCAAGGAAAGAGUUGAAGUUUCUUUGACCCUAAUAAGACAAUUAUAUGGCUCUUCUGUAGAUAUUGACAUAAAUGUUCUUAAAGAGAGAGCCCUCACUUCAUUGGAUCAUAACGGCUAUAUUGAGAUGCAUGAUCUUGUGAGGGACAUGGGUGUUGAAAUUGCUAGAGAACAGUCAUUCUCCAAUCCUAAAGGCCCUGUUCGACUGCAAAGUUAUAAGGACAUUUAUGAUUUUUUCAUUAGUAACAAGGUGACUAAGUCAAUCCAAUGCUUGUCAUUGGACAUGAGCAAGAUAAAAAGGAUUCCAUUGACAGCUAAUGACCUUCGAAAGAUGCAUAAUUUAAUAUUUCUAAAAAUUUAUUGGUCUGAUUGGAGAGAGCCUUCAAAGUUGAUUAUUGGUAAGGAUAUGAGUUAUCUUCCA